UUGUAGCAUUAACCCUAGCUAAACGUAUGAACUUAGCUUCAGCUGGAGACAUUGUAGUUAGUCUCUGUGUAGGUACAUAUAUUUAUUUUUUAACUAAGCAACAAUGUCGUCGGUUGAGAACAUGAGAGAGUUUGUCCUCGAGCGGCUGACUGCUGCAGCUGAAGAAAUAUUCGGAGUUUUUGUCAAAACUAUCGUCGAGUACCAGGAAGAGGUCGACCGUCAGCGCAGACUGCUGGACAUCACUUGGACACCUGCAAUUAAGUUACACAGGACAGAGCAAUAUGUCUUUAAGGACGAGGAGGAGGUUCUCUGUGAGCAGCAGCUCUGUAUUCAGGAGAGGAGCUCCAGUCUGGACCAAGAGGACUCAGAGCCUCCACAGAUUAAAGAGGAACAGGAGGAACUCUGCACCAGUCAGGAGGGAGAGCAGCUUGAGCUGAAGCAGGAGACUGAGACCUUCAUGUUGACUCCUACUUAUGAAGAAACAGACCACAGUGAUGAUGAGACUCUGAUCUUCAAUCCCGAUGACGCAGUCGAUUUACCAGUUAUAAACUCUGUGGUAUCGGUACCAAAAAGUGACCACGGGCUCCUCUCGCACAACUCUCAUGAAGCUGAAAGCCAAGAUCACAAACGAGGCAGGAACGGAGACUCAGGAUCAACUAAAAAUGCAACGCCCAAAGUAAAGAAAAGACUUUGCCAAAGGAAGAGACCCACUAAGAGUCAGUCUAACCCGACCAUGUCAAUGAUUGACAGCAAUACACCCACGGAUAAAAUGUUUUUUCAAUGUUACAUGUGUGAGAAGGCUUUUCAGUAUAAGUCACAAUUGCAGAGACACCUGUUAAUGCACACGGGUGAAAAGCCGUUUUCUUGCGACACGUGUGGGAAAAGAUUCAGUCGGACAUCCUCAUUGACUGAUCAUAAGAGAAUCCACACAGAGCUCCCACAGCAAAAUGUCUGUAAGGAGGAGGAGGAGGUUCUCUGUGAGCAGCAGCUCUGUAUUCAGGAGAGGAGCUCCAGUCUGGACCAAGAGGACCCAGAGCCUCCACAGAUUAAAGAGGAACAGGAGGAACUGUCCACCAAUCAGGAGGGAGAGACCUUCACGUCGACUCCCACUCAUGAGGAAAUACUUUGCCAAAGGAAGAGACCCACUAAGAGUCAGUCUAACCCGACCAUGUCAAAGAUUGACAGCAAUACUCGCACGGAUAAAAACAAAGUAAAAUGUUACAUGUGUGAGAAGGCUUUUCGGUAUCAGUCCCACUUGCAGAGACACCUGUUAAUGCACACGGGUGAAAAGCUGUUUGCUUGCGACACGUGUGGGAAAAGAUUCAGUCGGCUAUCGUCGUUGACGGAUCAUAAGACAAUCCACACAGGUGAGAAGCCGUACUCAUGCAAAACAUGCGGAAGAGCUUUCAGACUUGAUUGCACCUUGAGAGCCCACAUGUCAACCCACACCGGUGAAAGGCCGUAUUCUUGCAACACAUGUGGGCAAAGAUUCUGUUGGCCAUCACGAUUGAAGGCCCACAUGAGAAUUCAUGCAGCGGAGGAGCCGUUGGGUCCGUUCGAGAUGAACCGCGCCUCGCCUGGAAUGUAGACGAGAGCAGCACGGGGGUUGGGGGGGGCGUUGACAGACAGAGAAGCUUACUGGAUAUGAUGCCUUGUUAAACUAUCAGUAUGUGAACCAGCUUCAAAUAUGCGGAGAUCAGAAAGGAGGCAAGCAUGAAGACAAGAAAUGCAAAAAUAAACAUGACAAAAUCAGAAGUCAGUACCAUUUAAGCGACGAUAACUUGUUCACGAUUAAAAUAAUGACUCGAGCAGUCCAAAAGAUGUUUUCCCAAUGUGACACAGCUUUAAAAUGUAGCUCCUCAUUUCAGACACGCCUCAGAAUCCACACAGGUGAGAAGCCACAUUCUUGCAACACCGGUGAGAACAGAUUCAGUGAGACAUCAGCAUAGAAGACUCGUAUGAGAAUCUUGAAGCCAUAUUCUUGCAAAACGUGGAAAAGAUUUCCGAGCAGCGGGUAUCGGCCUCAUGGCUGGUUGGUCCACACAGAGCCCUCACGUCUGCAAGCUCUGCGGUCAACGUGUGGGAGACUAUUCAGUUCUCGUGGUUCAUGGUCAAACUCAAGAACUCACAGAAGUGAGGACCCACAGCACUUUAUGAAAAGUAUUACUGCAGUCACAUACUUGAAAACACACAUGAGCAUCAGCGUCGACAAGAGAAACCACAGAGAUGAAUCAAGUGUCCCUAACUUAAUGAAAUACACCAUAAGAGCUACAUCCAUGCUUUUUGUUGGGUGAUUUCCAAAUGAAAAAAGGGUCACGAUAUCUUAUUGUGAUGAAGUAGGAGAUUAUCAACAAUGCCAUCAAGUUUUGUUGAACGAACAUCUUUUUUACCUUCAUAUUGCUGCAUAACUCAUUUUUGUCAGAAAGAAUACAUCUGCGACGAAUUAUCUCACAUCUUUGACAUAUGCUUGUUGCAUAAUGAGUGCAUUGUUCUUACAAUUGUAAGUCAAUGUCACAGUUACUGCUGCCAGCACUGUGUAUUAUGAUAUUAUGACACUCCAUGAAACUCCAACAUUGCAACUAUAAAAUGCAAGCAGUGGUGCAAAAUAUGAGCCAUUUUGUUCAGGGGAACUUAUGUGUGCAGCCAAUGAUCAAAAUGAAUGACAUUUUGAGUGUUUUUACACCAUGUUUUAUCAUUUUGAUGGCAUGUUUGUGUGAUAUCAGUAACAUUAAUGCUGCAGUGUGUUUUAUAAUUGUACUUCUUGUAGGAAUCGUUUUCUGUGUGAUAAUAGUAAAUUGAUUGUUUGGGGAGAACUGGAAGCCAAAUUCAGUAAAUGUAUUUUACUCUGGUUGAAUGCACGUGCUUAAGGUCGGAUUGUGGAAAAAAUAGAUUCCUGGCCUUCGAUUAUGUAAUAGCGGAAAUAGUUGGAUGACAAAAUCCCAUGGCAGAUGGGACAGAGUUCAGGUGGCCAGAGAAUCCUAUAUGGGGGAAGGGUCCGCUGACAAUUAUCUCGACAGGAGCUGAUAAAGAACCCAUUGUACAGGUUCAAUUAUAAGGCAGGCCAAUGCUGGUCGAUACUGAACCUGUAACAAUCUUCAAACAGUGGGAAAAAUGUAUUCAAGUCCAAAUUUCAGAAGCAAAUCGUCCAUUAGCGAUCAUUGCACAAUGUUCUAUGGUCCUUCAUGCAGUGUAGUAUUUGAGGAAAAAUGGGUCGAGAAAAAGAGAAAUGUGACUGUUGAAUUGUUAACAUUGAGAUAAGACAGCAGAGUGCGACUCAAAGCAGACAAACCAAAUUCCUUCAUUUCAGAAUGGUGCACUGUGCUGGAAUCUGUCUGAUCACCUUGAUGGUGAAUGAACGGAUCGAAGACCUUGGGCCAAUGAUGCAUGUGGCUGCUGGGAUGCAUCAGUGGCAAGAAACCCACAAACCCACUAGUUAUUUUCGUCACGAGACAAUAAGAUCAUUAAAAUCCUUAGCGGAAUGUCUAUGGUCACAAAUCCGGAAGCAGUGACUAUUCCAAUGUGAAAAACACUCCAACUUGCAGAAAUUCUGGAGAGUAAAAACCCUCUAAUGGAAGACAUGUGGACGCACGUACCAGAUCAAGUGUGGUCAAAACAUGACACUGAUGUGGGGUUGGUCAAGUCUGCUCAUCCAGUCAAAAUGGUAUUAAACCCAAAUGUGAAACUGCCUUAUCGGCCACAAUAUCCAUUAAAACCAGAAGCUGAAGAAGGUGCGAGUAAGACGAUUGAAGGUCUAAUAACUGCAGACAAGUGAAUGAUUAGUUAACAUUUAUUAUGCCAGAUGAUGCGUGAGGGGAUGGUAGUGUUGGUUGAGACGUACAGCGCCUGCAUCACUCCCAUAGUGCUGAAAACAGACAAAUAUAAAUACCGACUAGUGCAUGAUUUGCGAGCAGUAAAUUAAGUAGUACAGGAUUGGUGCUCGGCGUUCUUCAGUAUUCCAUUGGCUGGAGACUCUCUACAUUUUUUUCGCUUUUACAUACAGAGGACGGAAACUGAGCUUAACACGUAUCCCCCAGGUGCUUCAGAGGUUGGCAGAAGGGGGACAUAAAGCCUCCCAGAAAAAAGUUCAAUAUUGUCAACCGCUAUUAGAGUAUGUAGGAAGAGUACUACUACUUUCCCAUUGAGCCGUCUCAGUGUCAUCCUCACAGUUGGAGGGAGUGAGCAGUUUCUUUUAUUUUUCCAUAGUGGACUUGAAAGGAGAUACAUACCAAUACAUUACGUCCUGUGUAUAAUUUUAACCACACUAGAAGAAAAAUGAUUGUAUCAAUUGAUUAAUAAAG